AUCAGCUACACUACACCCCCUCAAUCUUUCUCCAAUAAACCAAAUUUUCCAUCACUUUCUCGAGAAAACAAAUAAGGAAAAGAAAAUGGUGAAUCCUCCGACAAGAAACCGAAACCAGUGGACCUUGAAUAAAACUACAAAAUACUUAGUGAGAACUGCGAUUCUACUCAUGAUCGUCAACGGACUCGGACGACUCUUGUUCCUGACGGCCUACAAUCAUAAGAGAUCUCGACAUUUCGAAAUUUCGGAUGAGAUAUUUCGGAAUCCUGAGAAAUUUAAAACGGAGUAUUCUGAAAUGGAAAGUAAAAUGAAGGUGUUUGUGUAUGAUCCUGAUGGAGCUUGUAGCAGUUCAAGUGGACAGUUGCGUAUUGACUCUGUUCAUGCUAGUGAAGAAUUUUUCUUCAAUAAUAUUUCAAAGAGUAGAUUCUCUACUGAAAAUCCUGAUGAGGCUCAGUUUUUCUUUACAACUCUGAAUUGUCUUCAAUUGGACAAAUUGCCAAAUAUUGUUGAGGAAUUCUUCUAUAGUUUGAUUGUCAAAUAUAGCUACUGGAAUACUGAUAGGAGUAUAUGCAUGAAAACGGAUGAUUUCGGAGCUUAUUAG